AUGUUAUGUUCCUUAAUAUUAGAAUUAAAUGAGAGGUUUCUUAACGAUCAAUUCAUUGACUUGUGUUUUGUAUAUUCAAACAAUUCCUUUGAAUCACGAUUUGAUAAAUUACGAGAUGACUGUAGAGACCUGAUAAUUGAUACACAUAGUUUUAAUGUUUUAAAUUCUGAUAAACACUUGUAUUAUUAUACAAUAUCGCAUCAUAAUUUGACAAAAUUUCUAAAAUCGGCUGAAGAAUUCUUAAAUUCACUUAAGAAAAUAAAUUUUGUCGGAAAUAAAAAUCAUCUAACUAACAUUUCUAAUGAGUUUAAGGACAAAAUUAAUUGUUUGGACCAGAAGUUUGUUUAUAAUAAUUUAAAACUGGUUAAUAAUUUACUUAAAUUUUCAUUUUCUAUCCCAGAACAUAGAGUUGACUCAGCUAACUGUGAAUUUGAGCCUUUAAUUUGUAACAAUAUUGAUGAAAGUUAUGUUCUGGCUGUUGUUGAGUCAGGAUUAUCAAUGUUUUUUGUACCAUACGAACGGGAUUCGGCCGUUAAAUUUUUAGGCUAUUCAACAAUUGGACUUGUGACUAUCAUGUCGUUGUUUUAUCUUUUUGUAAAUAAUUUUUCGCCAUUUUUAAGUGAAUAUGAUAAAUACAAAAACUGUAGUUUUAAUGAUAUAAUUUCUCUGGCUAUGAAGGGGAAUAACUCGAAAACUGACAUACUGGUGUCGGACAUUUAUAACUGCCACUCGAGUGUAAUAAACCUUCCUGCAGAUCUACAAGCAUCAAGUUUUGGUAAACUACAAACACCACCACUUAAUGAACUUUUAAAUGAUGUAAACUCGGGAGAUGAAGCUUUAAAAAGUGGAAUUGUUAAGAUUGAGGACUUUUCUAAAUCUUUGAUUAGUCUAUUUACAGAAAACAUUGUACAGCAGUGUAUUCCAAGAGCAAUGAUAGAUAAUUCGAAAACGAUAUUGAUUGUUGGCUCGGUAUUCAAGAAUCAACAUUUGUGUUCAUUGGUUCUUGAUAAAGUUCGAAUAUACUCGAAAGAUGUUAGAGUUUUAUUCUCGACAGUUAAUUCAUUGCAAACGAUUGUAUCAGGAUUAAGUUUUUGCUAA